GUGUAUUUGGUUGGCACGGCACAUUUCUCGUCCGAGAGCCAGAAGGAUGUUUUGAAAACGAUCCAAAACACGCAGCCGGAUAUGGUCCUUGUUGAAUUGUGCCCAUCGCGCAUUUCAGUCCUCUCAAUGGAUGAGGAGACUUUGCUUGAAGAAGCAAAAAAUUUAAAUUUUGAAAAAAUUGUAAACACUAUCAAGCAGAGUGGACCAGUGCAGGGUAUACUUCACGUUUUGUUGCUUUCAAUGUCAGCACAUAUGACACGUACGCUUGGAAUGGCACCUGGUGGAGAGUUUCGCGCUGCACGCAAAGGUGCAAUGGAUGUGCAGAUGUGUAAACUCAUUUUGGGAGAUCGACCAAUGCACGUCACUUUACAGCGUGCUUUGAACUCACUUGGCAUCUUCCAGAAAUUACGCCUUUUCUUCCACCUCGUUCUUUCGCACAGAGCUACCGUCACACAGGAAGAAGUGGAGAGAUGCAAGCAGUCGGAUAUGCUCGAAGGGCUACUCAAGGAAAUGGCCGGCGAAUUUCCGUUGUUAUCGAAAAUUUUUGUAGAAGAGCGUGACUUGUAUAUGACAAAUGCACUGCACACGCUGCUCCGAAAGACAACCUUCAACAAACGAGUGGCAUGGUUUAAAGCAAACGCAAUACACGAUGUUGUUUCAGUGCCGUGGCAACCUGUAUCAGUGGUGGCAGUUGUGGGCAUGGGGCAUGUCCCGGGCAUUAUUUCAAGCUGGAAUACUAAUAUCGAUGUUGGCCCGCUGCUGAUGUUCGUUUUAUCGUGCACUUUAGUUUUGUGCCUUAGUUGUCCCAAAUUCUUUUCUGUUGCUUAA